UCUCUGCAAUGUCCUGGUUAAAUGUCGCACUUUGGGUGGGCCUGCCUUUUCUGAUAUCAAAGGCGAGGGAGUACUUUAAAAAGACCACCCCUCGCCCACCUCGUCCAAAGACCUCUCUUGAUACCUUCUCCACAUUCUUCCUUGUCUUUGUGGCAUGUGCCAACAUCCUUGUUGCGACUAUACCUUCCCAGAAUCUACUGCGGGACCUUCGCGUACACCCGGAGUCACCGUCCUUUGUUGUUCGGAACAAUUUCCGGCAAUACAUGUCUGCAAAAUUCCCUGGAUGGACGCAAGAAGGUGCAUACGAUCUGCGACAGGCGGAUCCUGCUACGCGAGACCGUGUGGAAGAGCUUGAGAGAUUAUACGAGCUGCUCAAAUCCACGGAUAACCGGAGGAUGUACCUUCGUUACGGCCACGAUGCGUUCACAAAGUGCAAUUGGUGUGUCGAGCCGUCUGACUUCAUGAUAUAUAUUGUUCCCUCGUUGGUUUUGUCGUACGCCAUGACCAUGGUGUUUAUCGGGCUCGGAACUCUGACAUGGCGAAAAACACAGUGGCGCACGUAUGGGGCAGUGGCUCUUACUGGCAUUGCGGUCGUGGAUGCAUACGUUAUAUUUCUCAGCGAGGCAGCCCUAGUGGACCGACAUGGGGUAUCUUCAUCCUUGUAUGAUACAAUGUAUGGUUGGAGGCGAUGGUCGUUUGCGGCGCUUGCCCUUGCUGCUGCAUUCAUUGACAAAAAAGAUGAAUGGACGGAAGCCGACAUUUUGAAAGACGUGCUGGCAAAGAAUCAAGUCAUCUAUAACAGGGCACAGGCCUUCCGCCUUGCCCGGGCAGCAACCCUGAGCGACGGUACUUUAAGACGUAAAUUUAUGGAGCAUUACAAAGAGAAGGAGGUGUUAAAUGAUGCUGUCUCAAGAGAUCUUGAGUAUAAGGAAACGCGCGAGAAGGUCCUUCAAAAAUACAACUUAAACCAGCUCAUAACAGAAGCGCAGGCAUUAUGCGAACAUAUUGUACAGGCUGCGAUAGAUGAAGGGGUGGUUAGCGGCGUUGAUCGCCGAGAGACAGAUGCCAGCGAAGAGGGAACUGCAUCCUCCGACGCACCAGUGUCUGAACCAACACCUACCGCGGCAAAUAAACGAAAAUAAUAUUAUUCCAGCAAAUUGCUAUAGAUUAUUAGGAGGUUUAUUUGGCUACAAAGAAAGGCUUCUGCUUCAUCCCAGACUGCUGGCCGUUAAUUACUACCGCAAUUUCCCUUCCAGAGUAUCUCAUAGGCUCCAAUGUCGCAUAUUCUGAAUCAUAGUACAUAAUAGAAAGGAAGGAUCCACAGUAUCUCUUUCCUGCUAGAUGAUA